GCGAGCCCGGCCCCGGAAGGACCGUCCUGUUCCGGGCCGCGCGGCGUCAUGGACUCGCUGUGGCGGCUGAAGCGCUUCGACGCCUUCCCCAAGACCCUGGAAGACUUUCGGGUCAAGACGUGCGGGGGAGCGCUGGUGACGGCUGUCAGCGGGCUCAUCAUGGUGCUGCUUUUCUUCUCGGAGCUGCAGUACUACCUCACCAAGGAGGUUCAUCCGGAGUUGUAUGUUGACAAAUCAAGGGGAGAUAAACUGAAGAUCAAUCUAGAUGUUAUUUUUCCACAUAUGCCUUGUGCUUAUCUGAGCAUCGAUGCCAUGGACGUAGCAGGAGAGCAGCAGCUGGAUGUAGAGCACAAUCUGUUUAAACAGCGUUUGGAUAAAGCUGGCAAUCGUGUGACACCAGAGGCGGAGAGACAUGAGCUGGGGAAAGAAGAAGAAAAAGUGUUUGAUCCAAAUUCUUUGGAUGCUGAUCGCUGCGAGAGCUGUUACGGGGCAGAGUCGGAGGACAUUCGGUGUUGUAAUACUUGUGAUGAUGUCAGAGAAGCAUACAGGCGGCGAGGCUGGGCCUUCAAGAACCCGGAUAGCAUAGAGCAGUGCAAGAGGGAAGGGUUUAGCCAGAAAAUGCAAGAGCAGAAGAAUGAGGGCUGCCAAGUGUAUGGUUUCCUAGAGGUCAACAAGGUAGCUGGAAAUUUCCACUUUGCACCAGGAAAAAGUUUCCAGCAGUCUCAUGUGCAUGUGCACGCUGUUGAGAUUCACGAUCUGCAGAGCUUUGGACUCGAUAAUAUCAAUAUGACCCACUAUAUCAAACACCUCUCGUUUGGAAGGGAUUAUCCAGGCAUUGUGAACCCUCUGGAUGGGACAGCCGUCACUGCACAGCAAGCUUCCAUGAUGUUUCAGUAUUUUGUCAAAGUGGUCCCCACUGUGUAUAGGAAAGUAGAUGGUGAAGUGGUAAGGACCAACCAGUUCUCAGUCACACGACAUGAGAAAAUAGCAAACGGGCUGCUGGGGGACCAGGGUCUGCCUGGUGUGUUUGUGCUGUAUGAACUGUCACCCAUGAUGGUGAAGCUGACUGAGAAACACAGGUCCUUUACUCACUUUCUCACUGGAGUUUGUGCCAUUGUGGGAGGCAUAUUUACAGUUGCAGGUUUCAUUGACUCCUUGAUCUAUCACUCAGCACGUGCCAUCCAGAAGAAAAUUGAACUUGGGAAGACAACAUAAAUAAGCAAUGACCUCAGCCCCCCUCCCCCCAAAAAAAACUCUUAAGGAGAACUAAAAAGGCUUUUUUGAAACAUAAGUGAUCUUCUGAGUGCACAGGAGAAAAGGUUUGGAACUUCCUGAUGGCACCAACCACUCUUGUAUUACUGUCCCCUCAUUCCUUGGCAUUAAUUUGUGGAUGGAAGGCUUGAACCUCGCUGCUCUAAAGAUUAGCCAUUGUAUCUGGCUGUACAGACCCUACUGUAAAACCCCUCUUGUGUCAGUCCAUGUUCAUCCAGUUCUGCCCCUCCUUCCUGACAGAGAUCCUGGAGAUGGUGCAUUCUGUUUGCCUCCAGGAAUAAUGUACUUUAUUGUUGGGAGACCUGUAAUGGAUUGAAGCUGCCAUCAAACAGGCUUUCCAACAACACCAUCUGGGCUUUUUAAUUUUUCUUACAAAUGUUUCUGAGUGUGCUGCUGCUGUGUGCCAGACCUCUGUGAAAAUGUGCUGAAUCCCGUCCCAGUCUGGGCUGUGUGGGGAGCCCAAACACUUGGAAUGUGCUUUCUAUACUGGGGGGCUCCCACUUGCUUCUCUUAUGAAAGAUGCAAGUUCAUGUUUCAGGAAAAAAAAAAAGUGUUUGGAAUUUUAAUGGAUUUUUAAAUUGGAUUGGUUUUUUUCACUUCCUCUUGGUGUAUAUUUUGAAAUGACGUCCAUCCUCUCUUUGUUUUGGUAAAGCAUUUGGAGGAAUAAUUAAAUUAUUUGAACUAAUCCUGGUACUGAAUUGGAAAUUAGAAUUAACAGACACACCUGCAUUGUGGCAAAGUAGGUAGAGAUCGUGAUGAUGAUGGGGCUUUUUUCUUUUAAAUAAUCUACACAAGUGAGUAAAGUGCUUGGUAUGUGCAACUAUAUUGGGAGAAAUUUGAAAAUAAUGAGGAAAAAAUUUUUGGGGGUUUCUUGCCUUAUUUUGAGGUAAAACAGACUGCUUACACUUAAAUCUCAGGUCUGGAUUUGCUUUGGUAUUGACUCUAAUCUUGGUCCAAGAAAUUGGUCCAGCAGUGCACAUAGAGCAUGACAGGCACAGGAUCAGAUACUGCAGAGAGAAAGCUGGUUUAUAAUUCAUUUGAAAGUAGGUUUGGUUGGUUGGUUGGUUGGUUCUUUGAGUUACUUGAACUUACCUAUAAACUGGAAAGUAUAAAAAACCUGGUUUUGUCAACCAGUUUGAAGCAAUUUGAGGUUUGUGUAAGAAGACUCAUUAAUCUCCAAGCUAAAAUACUGAAAAAGAGGUUCGUUUUAAAUGUAGUUUUUUUACAAGGAUAUUUAAUGAAUCCAUUGGGUUGGGAUCAUACAGUACUACUGCAGUGUCUAUAUGUUUGAUCGGGAACAAAAAGUGAGCUGAACAGCUUCAGUGGCUUACCAGAGCACUCAGCUUUGUAAGAAUAGUCAGGAGGGGGGAAGAUGAAUGGAAAUAAUGCAGCAGGAGCUUAACCCCCAGUGAAGCAGUUAUCAGCUACUGGCUUGUCCUUGAUAAGAAAGCCAAUUACUUGUAAACUUUAGAAAAGCAUUGGAGAGCAUUGCCCAGGGCACUGCUGAGCAAGGGAAGGUGCAAGACUCAGACUCAGAAAAGGAAACUGAGAAGAGUUGAGAAGAGAAAUCAAAGAUGCAGAAAGGGAGAUUCUACCUGAAGAGGCAGAAAAUCAGUGAUACUAAUAGGUAAAUAAUAACAGGCUUCUGCUAUCAGUUGGAAGGAUAUGAGUACAAGAGUUCUGGUGAUUUUAAUAGACUUGAAAGGCUGAGUGACUAAUAGCCGUGGUAAAGCUGGAUCAAGGAUAUUUGUGAUUGAAAGUGAUAAAAGACAUCCUGCUAACCCUGCUCCGGAGGAGAGAAACCUCCUUUGGGACAGUCCCCAGGGUCUGCAGUCUUGUUCCGCGGGUGGGGCUGAAACUGUGGCCUUUUCAAAGUUGUAAGGGGUCAAAAAGUAAAGCAAAUAACAGAUAAAAUGUUAAGACAACAGAUAAAAGUAAAGCAGAUAACAGAUU